GAUCGUUCUGGAUUGACGUAAUGACGGCAGAGCCUUUAUAUACACGGUAGACGAGCAUUCUCCAUUUUUCCCCUUUACAGCACAAACACAUACAGAGAGACGAAUCGAGUGAACGGCCAGAUGACCAGGCAUGGCUUAUAGCGCUUUACUAGAAGAGGCACCGCGGUUCUCCCCAAUGCUUUGUGUGCUUUACCUGAGGAAAGUCAGGAGAGCUCGUGUCCCCGACUUCGGUUAUCACCGCGUUAUCGACCAACCCCCGACCCAGGAGGGAACUACCAACGUCUGCUGGAGCGCCUUCGUCACAGGCUGACCUCUGCUACUGGAGACCCCGCUAGGGUGUAAAUGAACAAAAUGAGUCUCAACUACCUCUGUUUUGGCUCCUUCUGGAGGAAUCUUACCUCUCCGAUGACUCAUUGGAAUCGAGGAACUGCCGUCCAGAUUGACACCAUGAAAGAUCAUCCGGAAAUGCAGGUUGUCAUUGGUCAGCUGGGAACAGAUAUGGUGGUGUUAACAAUGGCUGCCAGAAUUACACAGUCCAUCUUCACUCUGGUCAGAAAUCUUCUGCAUAGAAGGCCAUUGGGUUGGAAGAUCAUUCCUAAAGAUUGGAAGAGUAAAGCUUUUGAAGCUGUGCUGUGUAUGUGCUGGAAUAUCAUACAUGUGUUUUUGGCUGUGGAGGUGACUAAUGUGUUGAUUUACAAGAACAUGUCUAAACAUUCAACACAUACAGGACAGUCCAUGAACACCAUCUCUAUAAAGUGUCACUGGAGCUGUAAAGCCGAGUCAAAUAAACAGAAUAUGGUUCCAGAAAAGGAGCUGCCCAGUCCCAGAAUGGAGAUUCUUCAGAGAAAUUCUUACAUGGAAGAGGAUUGUGACCACGAAGGGUUUUCUGACAUGGAUAUCAUGGUCAGUAAAGAGACACUUCUACCAUCCUGUACAAACCCCUUCAUUUUGUCAAUGAUCUGUGUACCAUCAGAGGAUGGGGAGUCCUCAUCCCCAUCUGAACAGUCUGAUCUUAGCGAGGGUGAAUUUGAUGGCGAUUCCUUGCUUCCAUGCGAAGAGACCAGUCUCAGCGAGUCUGAGAGUGAAGAUGAAGAGACUGAAAAAGAUUCUUCCGUUGAGGAUGCCUCAGUAGACAGUGGCAUGCAAGAGUCAUGGACGACAAAGUCCAAGGAAGACAUGGAUGAGAGUGAAGAAAGUGAUUGGUCAGAUGAAGAGACUGACUCGUGGGAUGAAGCAAGUGAUACAGACUGCAGUAGGGAUGAUGACUUGUGGGAUUCCUUCUGUCGGAACGAUGACCCAUAUAAUCCGCUUUCUUUUGCCAAGCCCACCAGAAGCCCUAAAAGUCCCUCUAUUGCAGAGCAUGGUGGAUGUCAAACUUUGAAAUGUACCAUGAAGCCACAGGCCAGGAAGCCAGUCCUUUCAAGUUCUAAAUGCUCUUACAAGUGUGCCAGCCAGAAGGGCGAGUCUGAAUCCCUUGAAGUAAAGCAAGCUAAAAACCCAGGGGUUAAGAAGGUGUGUUUCUCAUCCAAUGUCACUGUGCAUCGUAUGGUCACAUGGAGCUACGCUUACAGAAUGGCACGCAAAGGACCAUGGGAAGAGUGUGCCCGAGAUCGCAGUCGCUUUCAGAAACGUAUUGCUGAGACUGAGGCUGCCAUUGGCUUCUGCUUACAACCUGAUCACAGGGAGAAGAUAUGGGCUGGAAGACACUAUAAAGACUGAUAUCUUGGUUGCUGAAAGUACUUUAUCGACUCAAUAUUCCAGACCAUGAAAGCAGUUAAAGUGAUAUAAAAUAUUUCUGCCUAGGACUUGUACACCACAACUGUGACCACAUACUUUGCACUGAGAAAGUAUAGCUGUACUCAACCAGACUACGAUUGCACUUAUCUGACAGUGUUUACUUACUGUAUUUUAUGCACUACAUUUCUAGUGCAUUAGAUUUUUGGUAACAUUCUAGAAUUAGUUUGGCCAAUCCUUUUGUAUGAGCCAUAAUUCAGUGCCAAUGUCCAUGGCUAUUAAAGGGAAUUCUUAUUGUGUUGGCAUGAGGUUAUCAAUCUCCUGUCACUGCAUUUCAGGCUUGGCAGAAAACGAAGACCUCAAAGAAAAACCCUAUGCAGAAUUUUACUUUUUUUUUUUUUUUCUUUAAA